CAAAAAGUAAACAAAAACGUGAAAAAAAACAUUUUACUGAUAUAAAACAGUUAUUAAAAUGUCUAUUACUACAUUUUUGUAUAUUAAUUUAAUGAAUCUACAAUUAUUUAGAAUAAUGAACAAGAAAAAAGUUCGAGGUAAAAUUUUGAGGUUAGAAAAAUUUCAAACUGUAACGGCGGGAAAUAAAGGAACUACUAGGAAAUUUUGUAAACACAAAAAAAUUGGGAAAGCAGAAAUCAAUAUUAAAGGAAAAUAUUUUAAAUUUUAUAAAUUUGGAAUUUACGCAUAUUAUAUAUAAUGUAAAUAUUUUGCCAAAAAAAAAAAGAAGAAAUAAAUAUAUGAAACGAGUGAGCCUAAAAAUGAAUGAAAAUUGGAUGGAAAACUAUUGGAUGUUAUUUGUACGUUUCAAGCGCCAAAAAUAUACUCAAUCAGUUGGUCCUCAACUGACGUGGUGAAGAAUCGAGACUAGAGUAGCACAUUCUAGAUUCAAAGUUUGGCAAGCUUAGAGGAUUUUUAUUUUUGAUAACGCUCAAUAUAUAUAUAAGAUUAUCAGGACAGUUAAUUUCACAUACGAACAGAAACAGGUGAACGAGAUUUAAAGAAUAAAAAAAAAAGUGCAUCAUGUCUCAAUUGUCCAAAAAUGGCGAAGGACUUUCUAAAAAUUACGAAAUUCUUCAAAACGAACAAGUGGGACGAUAUUUGGUGGCAUCGAAAGAUUUAGAAGAAGGAGAAGAGAUUUUUAUUGAAACGCCCUUUGUCGUUGGACCAAAAGCUUUUACAUAUCCUCUUUGUCUAGGAUGUUAUUCUGCCUGGCCUCGUCUUCCUGACACUCAUACACUUUGCAGUAAAUGCAGUUGGCCAGUUUGUGAUUCAGAAUGUGAAAAUAAUCCUCAUCAUAAGGAUUAUGAAUGUCAAGUUUUCGCAGAAGCUCGUGAAAAAUUUAAUAUUGCAGUGGCUUUAAGUGAAGAAUUACAAACUGGAGUUCCACAAUUGGAAUGUAUAACACCUCUAAGAUUACUUUUAGCUUCAGAAAAAGAUUCAGAACGAUGGGAGAAACAAGUGAAGAAAAUGGAAGCUCACAAUAAAAAGAGACAGGGAAAUUGUCAAUGGAAAGCGGAUCAUGUUAAUAUUGUUGAAUACAUAAGAAAUCGUUUAAAAUUAACAAGAUUUUCAGAAGAUGAUAUACAAACGGUUUGUGGAAUUUUGCAAAUUAACACUCAUGAAGUACGAGCAGCAAAAGGAUAUCCAGCAAGGGCUCUUUAUCCACAAUUUUCACUUAUGAAUCAUUCUUGUGUUUCUAAUACAAGUCAUGGUGUAUCGCCCACCGAUUACAAGGUUUAUUUGAGAACAACAGUGAAAGUUCCAAAAGGAGGUGAAUUAUAUGGAAGUUAUACUCAUUCCCUUUUGCCAACAAUUUUAAGACGAGAACAACUUUAUGAGGGAAAACAUUUCUCUUGCGCCUGCAACAGAUGUUCCGAUCCAACAGAAUUAGGAACUCACAUGUCUUCUUUAAAAUGCAGUAAAUGCGAUAAUGGAAUCGUGGUUCCUUUGGAUUCUCUCGAUUCCGAUAGUUCGUGGAAAUGUACACAUUGUGAAUUUAUAACAACCGGAGCGGCAGUUUUGAAAGUUUUUCGAAUAAUGCAAGCCGAAGUGGAAGCAGCGGAAAUGCUUGCUGGACCCGAUGGACCAGAAUCAAUUCAACAGCGUGAAACAGUGAUAAAAAAAUAUCAUUCUGUCCUGCAUCCUCAUCAUUCCUUUCUAACGAUGCUGAGAUAUUCAUUGGUUCAAAUGUAUGGACGUGUUGAUGAAUAUCUUCUCACUGAUUUACCGGAUGUUGUACUUGAGCAUAAAGCUGAAAUGUGUCGUUUAUUACUUCAGGUAUUGGACGUUGUGGAACCUGGAUGUUCAAGAGCAAGAGGAAUGGUUUUAUAUGAAUUGCAUGCUCCUCUUUUAAUUUUGGCAAGGGGUCAAUGGCAAGCUGGUGUUAUUGAUAAAAAUAUUUUAAAAUCAAAAACAACAGAAGCUGCAAAUAUUUUGAAAGAAGCAAUUAGAAUUUUGUGUUUUGAACCGGCUGACACACCGGAAGGACAAUUGGGAGAAGAAUCUAAAGAAUCAUUGGCCGAAUUAUGGAAAUCAAUUAGUGAAUUAUAAAAAAAACAAGAAGUUUUAAAUAUUUAUAUAUGACAAAUUUACAUUUACGUAUUUUUUACUACUUUAAUCAUCCGAUUUAUCUGAAUAUUCAGAUAUUAGUAUUUAGUAAAAAUUUAUCAUUUCAUAAUGAUGAAAAUUAUUUAAAUAUUUAUUAAUAUCGAAAAUAAUCUAUGACUCAGAUAAUUGAAAAUCAUUUAUAUUACAAUUUCUUGUAAUAAUAUAUUAUAUUUUAAAAUUAUUUGAACAUUAAUUAAAUAUUGAAUAAAAGGUACUAAUGAUAAA